ACCAAAAUUUCUAGCCAUGCUACACUUAUUCCUUUGUUGUCUAGCUCUUUUAUUGAGCCCGGCUAAACCAGACCCAGAUCCAUUACAAGAUUACUGUGUUGCAGACAAUAAAACUCCCCAAUCUGUUUUCAUUAAUGGUGUGCCAUGUAUUAAUCCAAAUUUAGCAAGUGCUUCUCAUUUCAAAACUUCAGUUUUAGGCAAACCUGCCAAGACCAGUGGAAAUCCAUUCGGAUUCAAUGUGACACUCACCGGUGUUGCAAAUUUGCCCGGGGUCAACACCAUGGGCCUGAUUAUGGUCCGAGGUGACAUAGCGGGUAAUGGGCUAAUCCCGCCCCACUCACACCCACGGGCCUCAGAAGUAACCAUAUGUCUUACGGGCAGUGUUCUUGUGGGCUUUGUGGACACGUCAAUGCGCUUAUACACACAGCAACUUCGUCCAGGUGAAUCGUUUGUGUUCCCGAAAGGAUUGAUUCAUUUUCUAUUCAAUCUCGACUCAUCCAACCCGGCACUGGUCUUGUCUGGGCUUAACAGCCAAAACCCUGGAACCCAAAUAACUUCUUUGGCCGCAUUUACAUCCAAUCCAUUGAUUCCUGACGAAGUUUUGAAGAAAGCAUUUCAAAUCAACAGUCAAGAUGUUGCUAGAAUUCAUAAAAACCUUGAAGGGUAAUCACACGUUUGAAGAGAGUUUGUUUAAUGAUAAUUAUUGUGUAAUUCAUACAACUAUUUAUUAUUGAAACCAUGUAGUUGGGGUUGGGGUGAUGCCUGAUGUAUGUAGAAAGUUAGGUUUGGAUCGGGGAUAAAUAAGAUAACAAGGGUAAUCUUCGUUUAUUUUGCAAGAUUCAUGUGUUUGGUGUAUUUUGCAAGAUUCAUGUGUUUGGUGUAUU